AUGUCCGGAUCAAAGGAGGAGCCGCGGCGCGCGUCCGGCGACUGGUGCCGGUUCUUCUGGGACCCGCGCACGCACGAGCUUCUGGGCCGCACGGCCACGAGCUGGGGUCUCAUCCUGCUCUUCUACCUGAUCUUCUACCUGUUCCUGGCUGGAAUGUUUGCUUUCACCAUGUACAUCAUGCUGCUCACCCUGGAUGACUACAAGCCCACCUGGCAGGACCGGCUGGCCACCCCAGGGAUGAUGAUCCGUCCUAAAGGAGACCAGCUGGAGAUCCGGUAUUCUGUGGCAGACACUGAGAGCUGGGACGGCUUCGUCCAGAACCUCAACACCUUCCUGUCUGUGUACAACGACAGCUACCAGGUGCAGCUGAACGAUGACUGCCCUCCUGAUCAGUAUUUCAUCCAGGAGGACAGUGGAGAGGUGAGGAACAAUCCCAAACGGUCGUGUCAGUUCAACCGGACCAUGCUGGGGGACUGUUCAGGGAUGGUGGACCGUUCCUAUGGGUACAGCAAAGCUCAGCCCUGCGUCCUGAUAAAACUGAACCGGGUGAUCGGGAUGUUACCUGGGAAGGACGGACAGUCUCCUUAUGUCAGCUGUGGAGCCAAGAAGGAGGACAGUGAAAAGAUGGGACCUCUGGCUUAUUUCCCUGUUAAUGGAACCUUUAACCUCAUGUACUACCCGUACUACGGGAAGAAGGCUCAGGUGAACUACACUCAGCCCCUGGUGGCCGUGAAGUUCCUGAACGCCUCUCUGAACACUGACAUCAGCGUGGAGUGUAAGGUGGUGUCUAACACUCUGCUGGCUGGCAGUGAAAGGGACAAGUUUGCUGGACGGGUUUCCUUCAAACUGAGGAUCAACGACCAAUAAACUCAGAGAUGCACAACGACCUGCUGGAGCUGCAGAACCAAUCACUUCACCUGGAUCAUCACCGAUUUCUCUUCUAGAGCCCCAAACUGACUAGCUGUUUAUCUGCCAACUACAUGAAACUUUCACCUACCAGAUCAGUGAUGCAUUCACUGAUCAGAUGUGUGAAAUAUUCACUGACCAGAUCCGUGAUGCAUUAACUGACCCCAUCUGUGAUGCAUAUAAUGACCAGAUCUGUGAAACAUUCACCUACCAGAUCAGUGAUGCAUUCACUGGUCAUAUCUGUGAUGCAUUCACUGACCAGAUCUGUGAUGCAUUCACUGACCAGAUCUGUGAAACGUUCACUGACCAGAUCAGUGAUGCAUUCACUGACCAGAUCUGUGAUGCAUUCACUGACCAGAUCUGUGAAACAUUCACUGGUCAUAUCUGUGAUGCAUUCACUGACCAGAUCUGUGAUGCAUUCACUGACCAGAUCUGUGAUGCAUUCACUGACCAGAUCUGUGAAACGUUCACUGACCAGAUCAGUGAUGCAUUCACUGACCAGAUCUGUGAUGCAUUCACUGACCAGAUCUGUGAUGCAUUCACUGACCAGAUCUGUGAAACAUUCACUGACCAGAUCAGUGAUGCAUUUACUGACCAGAUCUGUGAAACGUUCACUGACCAGAUCCGUGAAAGGUUCACUGACGAGAUCAGUGAUGCAUUCACUGACCAUAUUCGUGAUGCAUUCACUGACCAGAUCCGUGAAAGGUUCACUGACGAGAUCAGUGAUGCAUUCACUGACCAUAUUCGUGAUGCAUUCACUGACCAGAUCUGUGAAACUUUCCCCUACCAGAUCAGUGACGCAUUCACUGACCAGAUCUGUGAAAUAUUCACUGACCAGAUCCGUGAUGCGUUCACUGACCAGAUCUGGGAAACAUUCACCGAUCAGAUCUGUGAUGCAUUCACUGACCAUAUUCGUGAUGCAUUCACUGACCAGAUCUGUGAUGCAAUAACUGAUCAUAUCUGUGAUGCAUUCACUGGUCAUAUCUGUGACACGUUCACUGACCAGAUCUGUGAAACGUUCACUGACCAGAUCCGUGAUGCAUUCACUGACCAUAUUUGUGAUGCGUUCACUGACCAGAUCUGUGAUGCAAUAACUGAUCAUAUCUGUGAUGCAUUCACUGACCAGAUCCGUGAUGCAUUCACUGACCAGAUACGUGAUGCAUUCACUGACCAGAUCUGUGAUGCAUUCACUGACCAGAUCUGUGAUGCAAUAACUGAUCAUAUCUGUGAUGCAUUCACUGACCAGAUCUGUGACACGUUCACUGACCAGAUCUGUGAAACGUUCACUGACCAGAUCCGUGAUGCAUUCACUGACCAUAUUUGUGAUGCGUUCACUGACCAGAUCCGUGAUGCAUUCACUGACCAGAUUUGUGAAACGUUCAACGACCAGAUCAGUGAUGCAUUUACUGACCAGAUCUGUGAAAUGUUCACUGACCAGAUCCGUGAUGCAUUCAGUGACCAUAUUUGUGAUGCAUUCACUGAUCAGAUCCGUGAUGCAUUUACUGACCAGAUCUGUGAUGCAUUCACUGACCAGAUCCGUGAUGCAUUCACUGACCAGAUCUGUGAAACGUUCACUGACCAGAUCCGUGAUGCAUUCACUGUCCAGAUCUGUGAUGCAUUCAAUGUCCAGAUCUGUGAUGCAUUCACUGACCAGAUCUGUGAUGCAUUCACUGACUAGAUCUGUGACGCAUUCACUGACCAGAUCUGUGAAACAUUCACCGAUCAGAUCUGUGACGCAUUCACUGACCAGAUCAGUGAUGCAUUCACUGACCAGAUCUGUGAUGCAUUCACUAACUACGUCUGUGAUGCAUUCUCUGACCAUAUUCGUUAUGCAUUCACUGACCAUAUCAGUGGUUGACAGGGUUAAGAAGGAACAGACCAAUGAGAAUGCACAAACACUGUGAUGUCACUGCCACUGCAAACCAAU